GCGCUGCACGCACUAACGCGAUAACGCGAAAAACCAUGGGAUUUAGAAUUCGCUCCCGAAAAUCCUUAUGAAAUUAUAAUCAAUUAAUAUAACAAUAAAAAUGUCUAAACAGUUAUAACAUUCGGUGUGAACGCUUAAAUCUCCAGUGCUGUGUGCAAUGUUCUUAAUUCAAGUCGGGUUCCCUUGUCAGUUCAAUUAUUUAUAACAUCAACACUGCUAUAAUUUAUCUGUCAGAUGUGCGUUCCCUGUCUGUCUGUGUCCCCGCGGUCUCUCUCAUAUGACGACAUGUUUUGUUGACACAAAUGUCACUAUUCUGAGAUCUUCAAGUGGAGGGAGUCUGGAAGAGUCGUGACAAUGCGCUGGAUUUUUCCUGUUCCAGUUCUUCUGAUGUCUUGGCUCGGCGUCAAUCAAGUUAAAUCAAAUUCCUGCAUUCGUACUGCAUUAUGGACACUUACUCUCACUCCUCUAGUUCAGGCCGAAUGCCAAACCCGUACUAUUUACUGCUACGAAUGUGACAGCUGGACGGACGCCAGGUGUAAGGACCCCUUCAAUUACACAGCUCUACCCAGAGACCAGCCUCCUCUGCAAACCUGCAAUGGGUGCUGCGUCAAGAUGGUCAGAUAUUCUAAAAGCCCUUACGAGGUCGUCCGCCGUACCUGCACAUCUCAACUCCAAAUCAACCUGUUUAUGGUAGACCACGUGUGCAUGAUGGAAAGUACAGGGAACGGCCACAUGUGUUUCUGCGAGGAAGAUAUGUGUAACGUCGCGUCGUCUGUCCAUUCUGCACUGGCUCUAACCGCACUCGUCUUGCUAGCAUGUGCAUGGUUCAGGUAACCUCGAUCGAUUCGUUAGUCUGUGUCAAUCAACUGUUUAUGGUUACCCGACUGUGUGUGGGCGGCUUAUUGUUAUACAUGACCUGCGAGAAAUAUUAUUACAAAUUAAUAAUAUAUUCUGAGGGUGCCUCAAUACUUAAAGACAUUUUAGAGUACCAGGAUAGAUUAGAUUGCUCUAAAUUGCAAAAAAACAAAUUUUGAAUAUUAAAAGCAAUAAUAAAUGAAAAAACAUUGAAUCAAAUAUGGGUAACAAGUUUAUAUUUGUGACACUCGUAUGUAUGUUGUAUUUACGUUAAAUCGUUCAUUGAGUGACAUACACUAAAUGACGUGCAAAAGAGAUCUUUGAUAUUUCUCCCUAUAAACCUAUUCAACCAAAGAGAAUAUAAUUACUUUUAUUCAACUAAUCAGCAGUCAAUGAUACAAAUAAAUGUGUACCUACCUAUUUGCAAGUCAACACACACCAUGUUACCAUAAAGAGUUUAUUAACGCAACAUCUUGCAAUUUAACCAGUGGCAGUCAAACUCAUGUCAAAAUGUCAACAAAAUGGCGAAGGAUCUUACAUAAGAUUGUGUUUGACGUUGUACUUGGCUCAGUGGUCUAUCGAUGUGUAUACUCAAG